AUGUUCAGACUUCUAGAGGCACUCCUUGGAGCCUCGCUCAUCCCCCACGGUGCUGCCACCGUCUCCACGGCCCCUUACAGUGAAUACAUCCUGGCCCCAUCCUCGCGGACUCUAACGGCCCCAACGGUCCGUCAAGUCAACGGCACCGUCAAGAACGCCGCGGCUCUCACCGGGCAGGGCUGCACCAGCCUCUCAACCUUCGUCGGCAACUCUUCCGUGACUCUGGACUUCGGGAAGAACAUCGCCGGCACCGUCCAUUUCACUGUUGAUUCCGUCUCGGGCCCGAACGAUCGCAUUGGCUUCACUUUCACCGAGAGCUCCAUGUGGAUCAGCGGCGAGUACUGCGAUGCGACCCAGAACGCGGGUUUAGAUGGACCUCUAUGGUUUAACCUCACCAAGCCCGGUCUGUACGAGGCGGACAAGAACCAUCAGCGAGGCGGCUUCCGGUACUUGAGUAUUGUCCACCAGACGGGUGGGAACGUGACCCUGGGUCAGCUUACCGUAAACUGGACGGCCUCGCCCGACAUGGAGGACCCGAGCGCUUACGCCGGCUACUUCAAAAGCGACAGUGAGAAGCUGAACCGCGUCUGGUAUGCCGGCGCGUACACCAACCAGCUAUGCUCUAUCGACCCUACGACAGGGGACUCGCUUGGGCUCCCAAAUGCGGAUUGGCACUAUAACUUCACUAUUGCAAAUGGGAGUUCCGUCCUGGUAGACGGCGGCAAGAGAGACCGCAUCGUCUGGCCUGGCGAUAUCGCCAUCUCCGGCCCGUCGAUGUUCGUCUCGACCAACAGACUCGAUCCUAUCCGCAACGGCAUCGACGCCUUACUUCUUCUGCAGCAAGCCGAUGGUCGCCUGUCGUGGGCCGGGGUCCCCUUUUCGGACUAUGUGGCUGAUGGAGAAUUCCUCUUCAGCUUUACGUAUCAUCUGCACAGUCUGAACGAUAUCUACGAUUACUACAUGUAUACUGGCGACGUCGACUUUUUGAUGUCUGUGUGGGGGCAAUACAAGCUAGCGCUGGACUAUUCGAUACAGAGCAUCGACCAGACAGGAUUGGCCUACGUCAACUCCUCAUUGGAUUGGCUCAGGUCGGGAAUGGGCGGUCAUAACAUCGAGGCAUGUGUUUCCCUGGCAAACUCAAUUCUAUACUACACCAUCAACAACGGCCUCAAACUGGCGUCCGCCCUCAACGACACCAGCAUAACCACGAACUGGACCACCGCCGCCUCCACCAUCCCCGCCGCCGCCAACGCCCUGCUCUGGGACCCCACAGCCAACCUCUACCGCGACAACGACACGGUGACGGGCUUCUACCCGCAAGACGGCAAUGCCUGGUCCAUCAUCGCAGGCAUCGCCAACGCGACGACGGCCUCGCAGAUCAGCGCGGCGCUCGCGGCCCGCUGGGUCGCGCCGUACGGGGCCCCCGCGCCCGAGGCCGGCGCCACCGUCAUCUCGCCGUUCGCGUCCGGCUUCGAGGUGCAGGCGCACUUCCUGUCGGGCAACGCUGACACGGCCAUCGCGCUCGUCGAGAUGAUGUGGGCCGACUUCAUGCUCGACGACCCGCGCAUGACCAACUCGACGUUCAUCGAGGGCUAUUCGAAUGAUGGCCGUAUUAGCUACGCGCCUUAUUCGAAUGACGCGACCAUCAGCCACGCGCACGGCUGGUCUACGGGCCCGACGGCGUCGCUCACGUUCUUCGCGGCCGGCAUCAUGGUUACGGGGGCUGCGGGCGCAACGUGGAACAUCGCACCGCGGAUGGGCGGCCUGGGCCGGGUGGAGGCUGGCUUCAAAACGGCGCUGGGGGACUUUUCGGUGAGCUGGGAGGACGGGGCGGAGCAGGGGCUGACGGGGUCAUUUGAGACGCCCGAGGGUACGGUCGGCGAGUUGGUCCUGCCUGUUGCUGAGGGGUGUACGACGCGGGUUGUGCUUGAGGGGCGUGAGGGCGUGCGCGAGGUGCGGAUUGAGGGCGAGACGACGGUUUCGAUGGCUGGGAUACCCGGGGGAAAGUACACUAUGAGCCCGUUCUCACGGCACGUCUCUCUAGAUUCGGGGAUCGCAUUUACGAGAGAUGUUUUCCAGAACUCUGGUUUCAGCUUAUGGCGAUCCGCCGCGACCGCACUGCCGCUUACCCAGCAGCCAUCACUCCUCGACAUCUCGAUUGCUGAACUCGGAGGGCUGCUCGAAGCCGGUGACAUAACGAGCCAGGAGCUCGUGGAAUUAUACUUCCAGCGCAUCAGCGAAGUGAACAACGAGCUGCACGCCGUCAUCGAGCUGAACCCAGACGCAUCCACCACCGCCGAGCUGCUCGACGCGGAACGCGGUCAGGGAACGACGAGAGGGCCACUGCACGGCAUCCCCAUUCUGGUCAAGGACAACUACGCGACCACCGACGCGACGCUAACCGGCGCCGGCAGCGUCUGUCUCGCGCGAUCGCGCCCGGGCCAGGAAUCCACCGUCGUCGCGAAGCUGCGCCAGGCCGGCGCCGUCAUCCUCGGCAAGGCCAACCUGAGCGAGUUCUCGGGCGUGCGCGGCGGCCUGAACGUCACGGAGGGCUGGAGCCCGCGCGGCGGGCAGACGUUCGGCGCGUACGUGGGGCGCCAGACGGCGUGCGGCUCGUCGAGCGGGUCGGGCGUCGCGGCCUCGCUGGGCUUGGCGGCUGCGGCGCUGGGCACGGAGACUUCGGGCAGUAUUACGUGUCCGGCGCGGUUCAACAAUGUGGUUGGGGUGAAGCCGACGGUAGGGUUGACGUCGCGGUUUGGGGUCGUGCCUGUGACCGCCCGACAGGACUCUACGGGACCGCUUGCUCAGAGCGUGGCGGAUGCUGCUCUGAUUCUUGAUGCUAUUGCUGGUAAGGACCCGAACGAUAACUACACCUCGGCGCAGCCUUGGGAGGUGCCUCCCAGCUACACAUCGGCCCUGAACACGUCAGCCCUCGAGGGGAAGCGCGUAGGUGUUGUUUGGGUAGACGAGGACAUUUCGAAUGCAGUCGAUUACGUCAAUCGCGAACAGAUGAGGGUCGUAUUCGACGAAGCCUUAGCGGACCUCGAAGCCGCCGGAGCCGAACUCGUGAAUAUCGAGCUGGGUACCGAAGAACGGCCUCUCCGUAACACUACGCUGGAGAUUCUGGCGAAAGUCCCUGUGUACGUUGGGCCGGACUUCAAAGAAGCCAUGGCCCGGUACAUCGACGACCUCGUGCCCGGGCCCGACGUCAUACAUAAUGCGACUGAGCUGCUGCAGUGCCUGCGCGAGGACCCGCUGGAGCUGUCGUCUGAGUUCGACCUUGGGUUCUGGGACGAGUUUGCCGGUAUCAACAUAACAGCGGGUAGCCAGGAAGCAUGGGAGGCCUACGUAUUCGCCUCGGAAACGGCUAGGGACCUCUUUGUGACCCCGUUGCGCGAGCAUCACCUCGACGUGCUCGUGAUGCUUCCAGAGACCGCCGUUAUCAUCGCCUCGUGGCCUGGUUUGCCGAUUGUUACUGUACCUAUGGGUGUCCUUGGAGACGAGACAGAGACAAGGUGGGAUAGCCGCCACACGACAGUGACGACUUCGCCGGGCAUGCCUCUAGGCAUCAGUUUCACGGCAGAUAGGUGGAGUGAGGAGGAGCUCAUAGGCUACGCAUAUGCCUACGAGCAGACCUCCCACAAGCGGAAGGAGCUGCAGCCUCUCACCAGACCAAAGUCUGACCUUGACACUAUUCUAUGGCAGGGUCGCUUGGGUGCUGAGUUGUAA